AUGAAUGAGUUCCCCAACUUUGCACCUGUCAACGAUGAGUCGAGUGUUGUAGAGAUGACAAGCAACGAUGAGUACGACGACCGACUCCUGGCAGACCUGGUGGUUUGGAACAUAAUCGUGAUAAUUGUGUCCUUAAUGUCAUGUAUCGUGUGUUUCUGUACCUGCGUCUGUAUCCACGAGUCCUGCCAGCGGCAACCAAGAUUGCUGGAGGUCCGUAUAACAGAGGCUCAAGCUCAAGUCGAGUCAGGAUACAACUCUGAAUCUCUCCCCAGCUACACAGCUGUGGCAGGACUACCAACAUACGAGGAGGCUAUUGAACGACUUAGACAAGAAUGGCCAACCUAA